GAUUCCUGAGUUUUUUUUACUCCUGACCCGCCGGUCUCGUUUGUAGUUUAAUUCUGCGCCUCUAGCCUCCAAGGUUAGAUACAAUGGCGUAUACAGCGCGCACUGUCUGGCAUUCGAUCAGGAUUACGAUGAAGUUAGGUCCACUACGUUACGAAGAGUUUUAACAAAAGCGAUAACAAAAGCUUCAAGCAUUUUGAGGAAAAUGACCCCUUGUGAUGUACCUGGGUGCGCUCGUGAUAGGCACCAGACGAGAUCGAGUCGGCGGCUAUAUGGCGAGCGCGUCUGCUCCUGUCAAGGCCGCGGGUGUGAGGUAGUGCUCAAUGUUAUUAAAGGGCCUUGGAUCUGAUAGUCCCCGAUAGCCGCCGGUAGCCCAGAUGCGCUUGCAACAGGGGCCGUGCGGGCCCAGGCAGCGCCGACUAACGUGACCAGAGGCGAGCGGGAGCAAGCGAGCAAGCGGGGAUAGAGCACCUGGAGCAUAGAGUGUAGAACAAGUCUGGAGCAUAGAGUGUAGAACAAGUCUUGGACCUAGGUAUAGCAUGCCCGACUGCAGUGGCAGACAGUGGGGUGCUUCGUCCGACAACCGGCAGCAAUCGGCCAUCCCGCCCAUCACCCCAGUUUGUCACUGACAUCCAGCAUUUGGCUUGACAUUUAAAGUCAUCUGUCAUCUGUCAUCAUCCACCAUCUAUCAUCUGUAGGACCUGUCAUCUGACAUGUGCCACCUGACCUCUGUCAUCUGACCCCUGUCAUCUGACCUCUGUCAUCUGACCCCUGUCAUCUGUCAUCUGGCCUCCGUCAUCUGGCGUCGGCCACGGUCACUUGUCAUCCAAGGCGCAGUCUUUGCACCGUGUCCCGUCUCCGCGGUGCAAAGCCGGCUCGCCUGAAGCCUGCGCAGCUAGUCAGGUCAGGUCAGGUCAGGUCAGGUCAAGUCAAGCUGCCUAACCGCCACCGGACCCGCCCGUCCCAGCUCUACGCUCAGCUCUCAGCAUCCAACGACGGUGGUCCCAGUGGCGGUGUCGCCAUUUGAAGCCCAAUCGCGACGAUGAACCCUCAGGACUUCGCAAAUGUACAUCCUCCCCCGGGGGGCUACGGGCUCUACAACGUCUCUCCGGGUCAGUACCCACUGCAGGGACAGUACCCACCGGCGGGUCAGUACCCACCGGCGGGUCAGUACCCACCGCAGGGACAGUACCCACCGGCGGGUCAGUACCCGCUGGCCCAGUACGGCGGGUACGCUCCUCAGCAGUACCCCCAGCAACCGCCCAUGUACGCGGAGAACCCGCCACAGUACUCUCAAGGCCCGCCUCAGCCGGGCUGGGCGGCUUCGGCUUCGGCCCCGCCGCUGGAGAAGCCAGAGUCGGCGCGGCAGGUCGCCGGACUGGCGGCGCCGCCGUCACCCAAGCCGGGGGAAGAGUUGGAGGCGGAGGGCGCGGACCGCACGCCCACGACGCCGCCCCUGGACUCGAUGGCAAAGCUGCCUGGGUAUGAUGGCCUCAGCUUCGAGGGCGGCGGCGCGCGGCCGCCGCCGCCGCCGGCCGCCAUGCCGCCGCCGCCGGCUGACCACGGCCGCGUGGCGGUACAGCAUCACGUGCCGACGCAGGCGGAGGUUCGCGAACACCUGGCCGCCUUCGUCUCGGAGCACUGCUGCUACUCCAAAGGACCCGUUACGGACAUGAAGAUCGUCAGCGUGACUCCAGUGCCGGCCCUGAAGUACUCGCUGGACACGAUGACGGAGAAGCGCAUCACGAAGUGGGAGUUUCUGCCGUGGCGUGGAGAGCCGGUGCCGCCGGUCACUGGGCCGCCGCCCGGACCUUGGGACGUGAUGGUCACACUGGAGCCCCACCAGUGGUUCCAGAAGCUGCAGUCGACGUUGGAGAUCCCCAACACGCAGUCGGUGCGCGGCUGCCACGACUGCAAGGGCGAGCGAGACGUCCGCUGCACCCGCUGUCGAGGCCGCGGCUACACGCGCUGCACGUCCUGCCGCGGGCACAGCUCUCAUCAUGGCGGCAACUGCAGCUUCUGCCACGGCACGCGCUCUCGACGCUGCCUGUGCUGCCACGGCAAGGGGAUGGUCGACUGUCCCACCUGCCAGGCCACCGGCAACAUCAGGUGCUUCGUGCAGAUGACAGUCGUAUGGGCGUGUCACAAGGACAUGAAGGUGGUGGAGCGCACCGACUUGCCGGACGACUUCAUCAAGACAGCGGUUGGUGACGAAGUGUUCCGCGGCGAGGACGUCAGGGUGUACCCCUUGCUCGGGUUUCCCGACGAGCAGAUCAGCGCCGGGUCGGUGGAGCUCAUCAAGAAGCACCAGACCCAGUGGCAAGACGAGAGGAUCUUCAGGCAGAGACACAGUGUGGAGUCGGUCCCGGUGAACUGCGUGGUCUACAGCUACGGCAGCAAGGAGGGCACCUUCUUCAUCUACGGCAACGGCAACAAGGUGCACUUCCCCGACUACCCAUCCAAGUGCUGCUGUGUCAUCCAGUAGAGGCGUGCCUCGCGCCCGUCGGCGGGUGAUCCGGGACGCUGUAUGCGACGCCAUCUUGGGGCGGCCAGUUCCGGCUCGGAUUGGCUGCGACCUCGGUGUGACGUCAGACUGACGAAGGCGUGACGUCGCCAAGAUGGCGUCGUAUACAGUGAUGUGUGCGCUGUAUAUGACGCCUGCCAUUAGCUGAAUACGCUGGUUGGUGCGCUCGGUUGACGCUAGCUUGCUGCGUCAAGUUUGGCGAUGAGAGUAAGGCCUGCAAAACUUGCGUCAAGUUUUGCAGGCCUUAUGAGAGGCAAGUCAGUCGUGGAUUGACUGACUAGUGACGCGUUUUGUUAUGUUGAUUUGUUGCAGGUCGUAGAUCAUUUACCAGUCGGUGCCUACUGGCAGGUAGCUAUUUCUUGAGAAUUGCCUGCGUUUAGGCUCGACUACUUUCUACGAGAAGCGGGAUCUAUAUGUACAAGAUAAUCAAGUGUUUGUACGAUUUUUGAAUUGUGACUUUUACGAAGGGCAUUGUUCUUGCCGAAGAGGAUUUUCCGGUCUUUCUGUCUGCACCCUGUAGCAGUAUUCGUUAACACCAUCUGGCUCUGUCCAGCAGUAUUCCUGUACUGAUAAAUGGUGUUCUCCAUGAUCCAGCAGUAUUUGAUCCACCAGUAGUCAUUGUUUGCGUCGGCUGGCGCCGCCCAGUACUGUUUGUGUACCGCCAGGCGGCGCUGCCAGCCAUCGGGCAGCAUUUGUUCCACCAACAGCGUUUGUGUGACCUGAGUAGCACUUUUGCACCUCUAGAGUGACCUCAUUCGACGGCAGUUAAGAUUGCAGUUUACACCUGCACUUUGCUACAAUCGCUGGCUCCCGCCCAGUUUGCAAGUGACAAUACUCCCAGUGACUGGAACACCCCGUGUCCAGGGCCGUACGGUGCGCAUACCUCCCUGUCUGCGUUUUGACGUAAUGGGCGAAUGCGUAUGGACAUUUGUGUGUGACCGCGGCAUCAGGGUUGAUUUUGCUUUGUUCUGUGGAAUGUACGUAAAUCGUGCGAAAGGAUCGUUGUUUUCUUCCAGUUGAAUUAGCAGCUAAGAAAAGCAUGUGCUUGUGCCCCUAAAAUAAUAGACUACAGUAAACUCACAACUCAGUGAAAGUAUUUUUCCGUGGCGUGUGGUGUUUCCGGCCCCUGUAGGCAAGCAGAGCCGCACCGGCCCACAUGUGUGUCAUACGGGGCUGCCAAGCGGCUUCCCUGUGCUGUCAAUCUGUCCUUGAUUGGCCAGUGCCAGGCGGGCCUGUGCCGGAAGCACAAAACCUUGUUAUCAAAGUUGAAUCCAGGACAAGUCGGCCCCUCGUUUGUUCUUCUCUGUUUCAAGAGCGUAGGCGUCUUCGGCCAUUAGUGAUGACGCGCUGGUCCCGGGAAAAAUCGCGUCUGGGUUGGGAGGGGCGGAGGCACCACGUUCCCAGCUGUGAACUGACCGAGCGAAUAGCCGCUCUUUGCAUCAGGGAAUCUUCGAUUUCCUGCCAUCAGGAGGCCCGCACGUGUUUUGCAAUGAGUGGCAGCCGAUGGGGUACCCGAGCCGUGGCCUUGGUGGUCAGUGACGGCGUGUUGCACCGCGGCGUUUACACAGCUGCACGCCUGGGCCAAUCCAGUGUUGGGGCUGCAGCUCUGCUCAGCGACGCGAGGCUUGUGCAUUUGCAUGUGUUCGUGCGUAUGGGUUUUCGGUGCUGUUCUCUGGAUGAGUUAACUGUGUUCACGUUCGAAAUGAAGUGGGAUGCGAUAUUUGUUCGCCUGGGCGGCGCGUUGGACGUCUGCCCCACUUUUGAUCUGCUUGGAGCGUACAAUAAAUAUUGAAACAAAU